CUGUUCAUUCUCUUGGCAGGCAGUCAGUGCGUGUGCCCACUAUAGGAUCAUGGUCAGGAUGGCAGCAUGGGCAGAGCUGGGCAGCGUUUGCCAGUGUGCCAGGGACAGAGGGCAAGCCUAUUGAGAAGCAGUGUGAUGGACACAAUGGGCGCGACAGACUUGCUGCAUCAACAGGCUUUUUGCUGCUGUGGCCAGAAAUAAACCAUAAAUACCCCCACUGGCCUCCACCGACCGCUCGCCAGGCCUCCACACCCACACACACCCUCACAGUGAGACAGACAGAAAAGAGAGAAAAGAAAGAGGAAAGACGGAGAGCGUGGCUUGUACGUGGUGCAGUGAAGCACAAGCCAUCCAGAGGGAAAAUGACAGAACAGCAGGGAACCCCAGACCAGGUGAGAGCAGAGAAGGGCCAAGGAGGGGCCGGAGCCACAUAUAAGUUGGCCGUUUUUGAGUUCGAGAACUUCCGUGGAAAGAAAGUGGAGUUGUCUGGUGAAUGUAAAGAUGCGUUUGAGAAGACACAGAGAGUUGGCUCAGUCAUUGUGGAGUCGGGACCAUGGGUGGGGUUUGAGCGUCCAGGCUUUGCAGGAGAGCAGUUUGUGCUGGAGAAAGGGGAGUAUCCUCGGUGGAGCACCUGGACCAACUGCCAGAGUAGCUACAGCCUGAGCUCAUUCAGGCCUCUGAAAGUGGACAGUGCAGAUCAUAAGCUGCACCUGUUUGAGAAUGUAGGCUUUGAAGGUAGAAAGAUGGAGAUUGUUGAUGAUGAUGUCCCCAGUCUGUGGGCUCAUGGUUUCCAGGACCGUGUGGCCAGUGCCAAGGCUAUCAAUGGAACGUGGGUGGGAUACAUGUAUCCAGGCUACAGAGGGCACCAGUAUGUGUUUGAGCACGGAGAAUUCAAGCACUGGAACGAAUGGGGAGCCACUGCACCUCAGAUCCAGUCCGUCCGACGUGUGCGGGACAUGCAGUGGCACAAGAGAGGGUGCUACAUUGCCCCUGCCCCUGCCCCUACACCUCCUGCUCCCAAUCCCACUCCCACUCCAGCUCCCGUUCCCGCCCCCAACCCCACCCCCGAUCCAAACCCUACUCCCAACCCCAAAUCCCAAACUCAACCCCAACCUUAAUACCACACCUCCAGCACCUCCUACACCAACUGGGGCAGGCUUAAGGCAGCUGGCCAGUCCCUGGCUGCUUCACUACGCUCCCUGUUAGUCUAGAAUAUCUGACCAUGCAAUUUUGGAAAACUGGAACUGACAAUAAUGAAACAUGUA